CCCUCCCGCCGCGGAGCGCGCUCGGGGAUGGGGCUCCGGCGCCGGGCUGCCACUCAGCCGCGCGCCCCGUCCCUGCGGGGCCGGGCGGGCAGGGAGUCCGCAGCGGGGCCGCUCCGUGCCGGCGCGGCGCCUCCUCGGGGCUGAGCGUCGCCUGGCUGGCCGGCCGGCUGGCUGCUGCCCGCCCGUCCACGGGGCCAUGCGCGGCGAUGAGGAUGUGUGAGCGCGGCGUCCAGAUGCUGAUCACCACCCUGGGAGCCUUCGCCGCCUUCAGCCUCAUGACCAUCGCGGUGGGCACCGACUACUGGCUCUACUCCCGCGGCGUCUGCAGGACCAAGUCCAGCGGCGACAACGACACCAGCCGGAAGAACGAGGAAGUCCUGACGCACUCGGGCUUGUGGCGGACCUGCUGCCUGGAAGGGACCUUCCGAGGAAUCUGUAAGCAAAUCAACCAUUUUCCAGAAGAUGCUGAUUAUGAACAGGAUGCUGCUGAGUAUCUCUUGCGUGCUGUGAGGGCCUCCAGCAUCUUCCCCCUCCUGAGCGUGGGCCUCCUGUUCUUCGGAGGACUCUGCGUGGCUGCCAGUGAGUUUUACAAGAGCAAGCUCAAUGUCAUCCUGAGCGCAGGCAUCUUCUUCGUUUCCGCAGGGCUAAGCAACAUCAUUGGGAUCAUAGUUUACAUCUCAGCCAAUGCAGGGGACCCUGGGCAGAGUGAUUCCAAGAAGAGUUAUUCCUAUGGGUGGUCUUUCUACUUUGGAGCCCUCUCCUUCAUCAUUGCUGAGAUGGUCGGUGUCAUCGCUGUCCACAUGUACAUUGAGAAGCACCGCCAGAUCCGAGCCAAGUCUCACUCGGUGGCCCUCCUGAAGAAGUCCACCUUUGCCCGCCUGCCCACCUAUCGGUACCGGUUUCGCAGGCGAUCCAGCUCCCGCUCCACAGAACCCCGGUCAAGGGAUCUGUCUCCCAUCGGCAAAGGCUUUAACACCAUCCCUUCCACCGAUAUCUCCAUGUUCACCCUUUCCAGGGAUCCUUCAAAGGUGACUAUUGGGACUUUGCUGAACUCAGAGAGAGAUCAUGGUUUUUUACAGAUUCACAACUCCCUCCCCAAAGAGUUCAAAGAAUCUUUGCAUAACAACCCAGCCAACAGACGAACCACUCCGGUCUGAGCCACACCUGUCCCCGGUUGGCCUUGGGAUCAGACCGGGGGAGCUGCCAUGUACACAGGUGUAUCAUUGAGACUGCAUGACGUGACCCACCCUCCCCUUUGAUGGUGUAACCAGCAAAACGUUGUUUUUAAAGAGUAACCCUAGCUGUGCUCCCUGUCCACAGGCAGCCCAGACCUGGAAUUGGAUUUUGUUUUGUUUCAAAUCCUAAACUGCCAGCUGUUUGGCCAAGUGAUUGUGGCCUGGGCUUGAACGCAUUUGGGCCCUCAAGAACUUGCAUUUUUCAUUCUCUUGCCAAAAUGAAACAUUGGCCUUGGCCUUGUGCCUGGUGAAAAGAGGACCCUGGGAACUAUUGUGACAGUGACUGCUUGGGGGCCCUAUCAAGAAGGUGGAAAGUGGUGCUGGGCUCCCAUGGCUCUUCCUCCCCACCACUGCCACCAUGAAAACACCUUCUGACUGUGGUCUGAAUCCAGAAAUAGCAUCUGGGGAGAAGUCCAAGCACAGAAAUGUGAAGCUGGGUGCUUCCAAAAGACUUGGGCAAUGCUCCCUCCUUCCUCGGUGGAUGUCCUGAAAGAGGCCGGGCUCUGGGGGUGAGGCUGUCUGUUAUUGUGUGCAUGCAUUAAACAGCCUGGAAUCCAAUUCCCUCCCACAUCGUUGGAAGAGAUGUGGCUCUUUGCCAUGUUGAUGGGCUUUGGAAGGCUCUGUAUUUUCUUGCAUAUUCAACACUCUUUGUCAAGGUAUAAGGGGCAGAACGCCCCCUCCUCCAUCCCUACCAAAAUUCUGGUAAUAAACCGCCACUGGCGGACAAGCGUUUGAUGUUACCAUUGGUUCAAGAAUCUGAAAAGGUGAUUCUGUCUCUAGGUAGAUGUUUCACCACACAUCUGCUUUUUCAGAUUUAGCAUUAGUGUACAGCCUAUGCCAUGGGAUGAUCUGAAGCACUUGAGAUGUUAAAGGGAAACCAAUAAAACCCCAUUGAAUCA